CAUCGCAAAGUGUGUCGCAAACCGCGAAUUUAUCAGAUCGGGUCUGCGAACAAAGAAGCUUGCGCUGCUCUGUGCGGGAGACAAUUCCACCUUAAAUGCCGCUUUGCGUCUGUUUGCGAAGACCCAGGCGCCAUCUUCGGUCCACCUUAAGCGCACAAUGUGGCCAGCGAAUGCAAGCGUACCAGCCGGGCUUCCGUCCUCAUUCUCCAGCCGGGGAUCGCACUUUGGCUUCCCAGCUUUGACACAGCGUCACUUGUGAAACAACAAGAGGGGGGAAAAAAAGAGACGCACCCGGGCCAAACCCCAUCCGCACCCACAGGAGAAGAUGUCCGAGCCCAACAAGUACCGGGAGUGGAUCCUGGAAACUAUCGACUCUCUCCGCUCGAGGAAAGCCCGUCCGGAUCUGGAAAGGAUUUGUCGAAUGGUCCGAAGACGACACGGGUCAGACCCGGACCGAACCAGGACAGAACUGGAAAAACUCAUUCAAGAGCAGACUGUGCUCAAAGUUAGCUACAAGGGGUCCAUAUCGUAUCGAAACGCUGCGAAGGUGCAAAGGAAAAGCAGAAAAAAGAGUGAGUUUUCGGCCGCUGGCAGCAGCAGCAGCGCGGAUGCACCGAGGGAGCGGACCAAACACAACCAUCUGAACAACAACGGCGACAGUGCGCACAGCUUUACCGACCAGGAGGAGGGAGAAGAGGACUCUGAGCCCAGCCCAGAUCUUCAUACUCAAACAUCAGCCAGCAGCCCCAACAAAAAGCUCAAGCCUGCCUCCAGCCCGAGUAGCGGAAACGGGUGCCUCAAUUGUGGCGCAACAAGGAGCUGCGCUGUCGGGAGCGGCUGUAAAGAGGAGAAAGCAAGUGCAGCGAGAGACAAGGGAUUAGGACAGCAGGAGCAGGGAACUGGGGUGAGUUCGUCGCACGGUUUCGGCCACAAACCAGGCGCAAACAACGUGAGUGAAACCAACAGGGAAAUGCCGAGUAAAGCCGAUGCAGCUGGCGGAGGAAAGCAGCCUGAUAUGUCCGGAGCUGACACCCAGAGCAAAACUUACUCGGGGAGCGUCAGCAGCCUCCCUCAACAGCAGGCACAGAAGCAGACUGUUCACCUCAAGCCUAAACUUAAACUUGCAGGAGGGAGCGCCAAAACAACGGGGGACCACGCCAACUCUGAUCUGGGGGAUAGAUUGGUGGCUUCUGUCCGCAGCCUGUCCGAAAAGAGCCUCCGCGGGGGCUCCUCCGCCCCGACCAGAGGCCACAUGAAACCUCUGGGGUUGAAGGAGAUUUUGAGCUAUCUGAGCAGCCAGGAGCGGCUGUCGGAGGAAAAACUGACCCGUGGCAAAGUCAAAGUGGUCAUGGAAAGAGAGGUGGCGAGGGGUAGGCUGCGCAGGACCCGCUGCGGGAACAUUACUCUUCCUCUGAGGGGGAUGGUGCUGGAGGAGCCGAUGCCGAAGAAUUCAUCUUCUGACAGACUUGUAAAAAGCGCACUGCAGGACAAACACACAGUGAAAAAGGCACCAUCUCCAGCUCUCCAGGACAAUGAGCCAAUGGAAACAGCCAGUGAAAAAAAGGAAUGGGGAGGGAAUGAAGAAGGGGAUCAGGAGGAAGAUCCCCGGGGUUCUAAUGAGGGGGGACAACUGUCCCCGUUAGCCACAACAACUGAACUAGGGCUCACUGAAAAAAUCUUAGAAGAUCCUGAUAUUCAGAGAAAAUCAAUGGAGGACAGCCCCCAUGAGCAGAAGCAGGGAAUUUCUGGGCUUGAUGUUCUCCCCAAGCUGCAGACUCAACCUGUACAGGGAGCCUCGCUGUCACAGUCUCAGCAUAAUGGUGCUCAUUUAGAGGAGAGAGCUGUUGUCUCUGACCAGCUACACAUGGAGCCACAGAUUAAUACGGAAAAUGAAGAAAUAAAUCACAUCUCCCCAGACUUCAACAGCUUGGAGUAUAAGACAGAGGCUGGAGUCUCAUCCUGCAUGCUCACACCCACUGCCUCCCCGAGAGACUCCAGCCUGUCUGAAGACCGAGCGAUAAACUUUAGCAGUGGAGGGUUACUGAAAUCGGAGGGGGCUGGAGUGAGUCCAGUGGACUGGACUGUAUCAGAUGUGGUCAGUUAUUUCACAGCAGCAGGUUUCCCUGAGCAGGCUGCUGCCUUCAGAAUCCAGGAAAUUGACGGAAAGUCUCUCCUCCUCAUGCAACGUAAUGAUGUUUUGACUGGCCUGUCAAUCAGGCUUGGCCCCGCCCUCAAGAUCUAUGAGCGCCAUGUAAAGGUUCUGCAGAAAACACACUUUGAGGAUGAUGACUGCUAACAAAACACAAAAAAUACACACAGACUGUUAUGUUUCUAUCUACAUUUAGAGCAGUUAUUAAAAGAAAUAAUGCAUGCACGAUUAUUUACAGUACACUUUACUUUUCAUCUCUUGACACACAAACACACAAUCAAAUCUCAGUUUUCUUUCCUCCUGCACCUCUACGGCUGAUCCAAUCCUUGAAUGACACAGAAAUUUGACUGGAUCUUCUGCACAAGGAUUUUUCUACCAUACAGAGCACAAAGAUUCCAGGAAACAAGUAGACUCACAAAACAGAAAAGAUUCAGAGAUUCCGACCAUGCAAUUUAUUUCUCUCUUUUUUUAAAAUAACUAAGCACUUUUUGGUUUUUACUGAUGUAAAUGUGGAAGGUUAAUUGUACUUAAACUGUUAUUUCAUGUUGACUUUUAUGCAUAUUUUAGUGGAGAUCAUCUUAAGUGUUUUAAAGUUGGAUUUUUUGCUCUUCUUUUGGGGCUGUGAUCAGAUAUUCUCAACUAGACAAACAAAAAUCUAGAAAUUGGCUUGAUUCUGUACAAGCAUUGUAAUACUGAGGCAUUUAAACAAGAAAUAAUUCAGUGACAAGUUUCUUGUGCACUAUAAAAGAGUGAACAAGCAAUAAAUGAUUAUUUCAUCUGUAAGGUUUUUGGAAGUAACUGGUAUUGUGGAUCAUCAGGUGGUUGUUUAUUGUAGCCUAAUAUCUUACAUAAAAAUCUGACACUAACAAGUUCAUAAUAUUUCUGAACACAACUGUCCAACACUAAAUCUGAUUUGUAAACUGCCACAUCUGGAUAACUUUCACCAAGAUACAGUAUAGCUGAUAGAAUUAAUCAAACAUCUGACUGAUUCUCUCCCUUUUUUGUGAGUUGCUGUCCAUUUUAAUUUAAUCUAGCAUAAACAACCGGUGCAGCAUUGUGCUUCCUUGGACAAAUUAAAACUACCAAACCUGUAUCCUCGCUGCUGUUUAUUGCCUUAAAACUGCUUCUCUUUAUGACACACCACAAAAUAUGAGCAGUAUUCUCCUCUUUUUGUCAUAUGACACCAUUAUUCAACCGAGCGUUGCUAUGAAAAUACUAAUCUAAGAGAAAAACAACGACCAGGCUGUCACUGCUAUAAAAACCAGUUGAAAAUACCUCAACAAAAAGCAGAACAAUCAACUCCCCUUUACAUAAAUAUGUAGUUGAAAAUGUGCUCAUUUAACACAUCACCACUGGCAAACUAUAGGAAUAAUAUCUAAUUGAAAGAUGUUAUCGCACAGUAAAGUCAAUCAAUUAAGUUUAAAUAAAAGUAAAUAAAUUGAACACCACCAGCGUUUUUGUAAUGAUAGAAACCAAGUAACCACAUAACAGCUCGUGUCCACUUGCACUGUUACAGCAUACAUUCCAAGUUUUGUCCUGAAAAAUGUAUUUAUGAAGAAAAAAUAGCCCUAUUUUUGCUUUAAGUUCUUUUUUUCAGCAUAUUGGUCUCAACUGAUGACAAAUGGAUGUUAAAAUCAGAUCCAUGUUUUUUUUGUGCAUUUAAAACUCCUCUACCUCUUGCUUUUAAUGUCUUUCCAAAAACUGUUUCUCAUGUUACAUAUAGUUUGGAGAAUUGCUGUGUUAACAUAAUUUUGUUCUUAUUUGUUAAGUCUAUUGAAGAGAACAGCUGUUUUUGAGUCCUGAUUCUCACAAAGAGAACAUCCAGUGUGUCUAUACCAUUUUUGCUUGUCUAUUUCUUGUUAAAAGACAAUUUUUAGGAAUAAAAGUUUACAUUAA